AUGUCUGUUCUUACCUCUCGGCUGAAGGUGGCACGGCUGGUCAGUGGCCGCGCUCCUCUGACGUCAGAGCCGAGGUUCGUAAGCUGUGUCCAGCGCGGAAAGCAAGCGGGAGACGCCGGCAGACCCAGCUGCCCCCCCAGUACACAGAGCGCUGCGCAGCCGUGCCUGUCUGUCCGGUACCGCAGCCCCAGCAGGACGGCUGCUCGGCCACAGCUGGUGGAGCCCUGUCUCCUCCGCCUCCUGCACGAGAGGCGUGGACACGUCCUGGCACCGACGCCUCCACGACAGGCAGGAGAGGCUCCCCCAGGACGGGGGCUCCCCGAGGAUAGAGUUCCCCGCGGGACUGGCCGGAGCUCCACGCUGGAGGCAGCGGCCACAGGAGGAGGGGCCGGAUGCCGUGUGCCCAGCACCCCCAAAGGAGUGCCCUGGAGUGGACCCCGCCCGUCCAGGCCCUGCGGCCCUCCCCGCAGCCCGGCCGCCCAGCCACGCAGAGCGGAGAAGCCCACCUUCCUGCCGCAGCUGCCUCAGGAGGCCGGGGCCCGGCCCUGGCCUCACACGGGGAAGGAGGGGCAGGUCAGAGCUUCUGACUUCUGCCUGGGGCCCACGGCGAGAACACAUCCCGUCGCACCUUGUGAAACGUUGUGCCUGUGUGGCCCACCCCAGGAACUUCAUUCCCGCACGGGCACAGCCCGAGCCCAGAAUGGUGGGGCCGUCUCAGGUUGUGUGCAGAAAGCCAAGCUUCAGAACGUUCGAGGCCAGCCAUGCCAGGACCCCAUUUUCCAUCUUCCGGUACCCGACUGCGGCUUAACCUUCAUCAGUUCGUCCCUUGCCAGCUGGGCUUUCGGCCCCCUCGGCCCUCGGUGCCCAGGUUCGCCCACCCUUGUCACGGGCACAGGCAUCCCUGGGGGCGUCUCUGAGCCUCUACACCACCCUGGCAGCACCGCCCUGGCUGCACCGGAUCGCCUGUCAGCCUCCCGUUUCCCCCCCGACGCUCAGUGUGGACACCCAGCGAGCAGGUUCUCCUGAGUAACUGCAGUCGGACUCCGCCCUUCGGUCUGACCUGUGGUCACCUCUGACCUGGACGACUGCGCAUCCGUCCUCCCUGUCCGUGUUCUCCGUGCGGCCUUCGGGUGUCACGUGCCCCAGCCUCUUAGUCCCUGAGGAC